GGGACGUCGGCGACGUGAAGAGCGGGUGUUUGCCGUUGUGGUGAAAACCUAAACGCAUAUAAUGGCCAACUCAACAAGCACAAAAUCAACAGUGAUGGAAUGGACAAAGCAGCAUGACAAGGCUCUUCUGGGUGAAAUGACAAUCAGUGAUCUUUUUCAGUACAAGAAGGGCACUCCAGAAAGGGGUCAAUUAUGGGAUUCUAUUGCUGGUAAUUUAAAUGCAAUGGAUUACCCAAAGUUUAAAGUUGCAAAACGGUCAUGUCGCGAUCGUUGGACACUGUUACGCACAAAGUAUAAAAGAAGGAUGUCAGAAGAAAUCCAAGCAACUGGAAUAGAUGCUGAGGUUGGAGAACUUGAUGAAAUCAUUGAAGAUCUUAUUGGAAAAGAAGAUGCUGCUAUUGACAGUGAUAAAGAAGGAAAGAAGAAAGCUGAAGCUGAUAAAAAGGCAGCAGAAGAAAUACGGAUUAAGGCUAUGGAACGGUUUGGAAACACCAGAAAAAGAGGUGGAGAGGAUGGAGAGGAAGGAGCCAAAAAGAAAAAAAGGAGAAGUGGCAGUGAUGCAGUAGAAUUUCUCAGAGAAAAAGCAAAGUUAGAACAUUCUCUGAGAGAGGAAGAGCUACAGUUAAGGAAAGAUCAACAAAGCCAAACACUGUUGAUAUUACAGCAACAACAGCAGAUGAAUCAAGCAUUGCUCACCCUCAUGGAAAAAAUGUUGCCUAAAGAGAGGAAUUAACUGUUAAUUACUGUAACUUAAUUUGUUGUUGUUAGCCAAUGGUGUCUUUUUGAAUGGCACUUUGCAGAGAGAGAUUUGAAUUUAUGUUCAUUAACUUUCAUAGGACAAUGGCAUUUAUGAAAGAAAUGUUUAUAUUUUCAUGUUAUAAUCAUUUGAAUUUGCUUAUUAUGAUAAAUGCCUCUUGGAAACUUUGGUGGCUUCUCAUUCAUGCAGAAGCUGGUACGAAAAAAGACAAAUAAGGCUUAAACAUUUUGUUGUUAAUUUAUUGGUUAAAAUUGUUGGACUGUACAUGUUGAAUAUAUGUUUAUAACAAGUGUCUGAAAUUUUGUGCCUCACAAACUCUGCUACACCCAACAACC